AUGGAGGAAACUCUGGAUUGGUUGAAAAUGCCUCAUGAACUGAUGGCAAAUAUCAUUCGGAGAUUAGAUGCUAAAGAGAUACUCAACAGUGCACUGAAAGUGUGCACAACAUGGUCGAUAAUUUGCAAGGAUCCGGCGAUGUGGAGGAUCAUCGAUAUGCAUGAACCAGGUGAAGCUUGUGACAAGGAUUACGAUCUUGAGGCGUUGACUAAGCAGGCAAUCGAUCUAAGCUGUGGGGAGUUGAUUGAUAUCAGUAUCCAGGGUUUUGGCACCGGUGAUCUCCUUCAUUACAUUGUGCUACGAUCAAGUAAACUGAAGAGUUUUUGCCUUAAGAACUGCGAUGUCACAGGCGAUGAGUUGAGUGACGCAGUCAAAAGGGUACCCAUGUUGGAGAAACUUCACCUGUCUUACAUCUCUAUCGACGCAUACGACAUCGAAGUUAUCGGACAAAAUUGCCCUCAACUCAAGUCCUUCAUGCUGAACAGCAAAGAGUUCGAACCGCACCCACAAACUGAAAAUGACAAUGAUGCCCUUGCCAUCGCAAAUAACAUGCCUGAGUUACGUCAUCUUGAUCUUUUUGAUAGUGAUAUCACAAACAAUGGACUCAAGGCCAUUCUUAAUGGCUGCCCUCACCUUGAAUCCCUAGAUGUUCGUAUGUGUUAUAACCUUGAUCUUGAUGGCAGUUUAGGAAAACUUUGCAUGGAACAGAUCAAAGACCUUAAGUAUGCAGAUGACUCGGUGGACAACUCUUGGUUUCAUUACUGGAUGCAUGAAUAUGAUGAAUCUUACGAAAGUGAUAGCGAUUAA